AGUGACAGUUGAUUGUGUACGAAUUGUUCUUGGAUUGAAAAAAUAUGCUUUUAUGUAUCGAUAUCCGUAUGGCCUCGCAAAUCAAAUCACGAUUCACGUCUGACUGAAAAUAACAGAAGGCCCUAAACAAAGUCGACCCAGACGAGCCGUCGAGGUUGAAAAUUUUCAAAUAAUCCGUCUUUGUUUCGUUUCGAAGAGCCAGGCCGAAUAAAAAGAUGGAGACCGAGACGGAUAAAUGCCAAGAGGAUACGGCGGAACAGGCGAAAGAGGAUGUUCCCAAACAAGAGUUGACGUCUUCUGAAAUUGAAAAAAAUGAAGAGGCUAAAUUGAAGGCGAAAUUUCCUCAGGCUGUGGGUGGAGGCCUUGGCGGGCAUUCUGCAUUUUUACAAAAGAAAUUAGCUAAAGGGCAAAAAUAUUUUGAUUCCGGGGACUACCAGAUGGCUCGACAAAAUAUUCCCACAUCAAAGAAACAAGCGCUUCAGUCCAAUAUAUUUAGUUUUGGCACCGGUGAAACUAUUCCUACACCCGAAAGUGUACCAGUUCGUAAAACUUCAAUAAUUCAGCCUAAAUUUCAUCCGUCAAUUUCACCACCUAACUCGACUCCAUGAUAGUUUUGUGAUGCAGAUUGGAGGUAUACGUUGCUAAGAAAUCAUUCAAAAUUAUCAUUUGGGUCAUGACAGUUUCCAAUUAAGGAUGUUUUAAAAAAGUAAUUCAACAGUUAUGCGUUUUCUUUCAUGUUGUGAGUUUGUUUUCUGUGGGAGUGGUCCACAAUUACUCUAGAAAUAUGUAUGAGUAAUUUAUUGUUGUAAAUGCAAAUUUAAGAAUGUUGUCCUUUAUGUAAUAAAACUUUAAAAAUCACA